GGGGUAACAGUGCCCCCUUGUGGUCGCCUGCCAUUUUAGAACCCCGGUUCCGGUGCUGCGCUCCCCAGACUGACGGAGGGUUACCGCGGUCCCACCUGGCCGCCCAUGAACAACCAGGCGCGAGCCCCAGCCCCCUCCCAGGUCCGGACCCCAACCCCGACCCGGACCCCGACACAACUCCGGGCCCCGACUCCGGUCCGUCCCCCGCCUCCGGUCCGCCCCCUGACCCCAGUCCGCCCCCCGACCCCGGUAAGGACAUCAACCGUGGUGCGCACCCCGACCUCGGUCCGCACCCCGACUCCGGUCCGUCCCCCGACCCCGGUCCGCCCUCCGACCCCGGUACGGACACUAACUGUGGUCGGAGCCCCCAACACAGCCCCAGCCCGGGCCGCCGCCCCGAUCCCGGAAGCGGUCUCGGUCCCGGAAGUGGUCUCGGUCCCGGAAGCGGUCUUGGUCCGGGAAUCCCUCCCGACCCCCGUCCUGCCUUUGGAUCCGCCCCCAGAAGAAGCUCUCGAGUCACCUCCGUCGCCUGAUGAGGAUCCUGUGUGGGUACCGAGUCUGAAGCGGGUCCCAUCAGUUACCAGUUUAUCUAGGAUGGCCCAGGGGUCCCUUCCGGCCGCCGCUCCAGCGUCCACUACGGUACUGGGGCCCACCUCUGAGAUCACCCCGAGGGCGGACUUAUUGUCCAGGUUGAGCAACCUCACUCCCGGGCCCGUCCCGGCACCGGUUCUGGAGACCAACCCGUCGCUCACCUCCUUACCGAUUUCCAACAACACGCGCGCCUCCGCCAACACGCGCGCCUCCACCAGCGAGAACUUCCAAAUGGACAAGAAAAUCACGAUUCGAGUGAUCUACUGUGGCCUCUGAAGCUACAGCCUUCGGUAUAUUCUACUGAAAAGGAGUCUGGAGCUGCAGUUUCCAAAUCGUCUACUCUUUGAGGAGGAGAGAUCUUCCCAGGCCAUAGGGGAGUUUGAAGUGUUUGUGGACGGACAACUGGUCCAUUCGAAGAAGAAAGGUGAUGGUUUUGUGGAUGACGGCAAGAUGCAGAAAAUUGUGAGCAGUAUCAACGAGGCAAUCAAGAAAAGGUAGCAGGCAACUGGUGAGCUGGAGGAGCCUCAGCAGGAUGACGAGAAGGGCUGAAAUGUUGCAGUCAGGUCCUUUUCCGAUGGUGGCUGGGGCUAGGGUGGGGCUGGGGAGGGGUGAAGAGGUAAAUACAUACAGAGACUGCCUUCCUGUGUCCCUGUCUGGCUUGUCUGCUCUUCUGGGGUAAGUAGAGGGCUCCUGUGACAGUGCUUCCAACAUCUCGCACAUUCUGGGCUGGGAGGGAGGUUUGCCGAAUAUAAGACUCAGGUUUUCUUCUGGUGGUCUAGCGUCAACUCUUCAUGCUGUCAAGGCCAAUUUGUUUCUUUUGUGGCUUCUCUGUUUCCCAUGCCCUGGUUAGGGGUAAGUUUUGAAACUUUCUGUCUUGUUGGCAUUUUUAGGGGUUGAGGAGGCAGGGGAUUACAGUGAGUCCCAAAUCCUUGACAUCCAGAACCCCACUGUACUCCAGAGCCUACUUUCUAAACCCUCAGGUCUUAGCAUCCUGGUGUAGGGAGGGGUCUCUGUGACUUGGGGGAGGAGCAUUUGUGCAUUCAGUAGACAUUUGUGGGUCACCUCUCUGCCUGUUACUGUGGGGGAUGCUGGGCACAUGCCAGGAGACUCAGCUGCAUAGACAUGGGAGUCAGACUUUGGCUUCACCACUUAGUUGCUGUGUGACCUCCAACGAGGGACAUCCCCUCUCUGUGCCUCAUUUUCCUCAUCUGUAAAAUGGGGGGUAUAAAACUAACUCUUGGAAUUUUUGUGAUAAUUAUAUUUUAUAAAUUAUGCCUGGGUAGAGAUUAGCAUAUACACUGGCACAGAAUUAGUGCUUGAUGUGUGUAGCUUUAGUUGUGUGUGCUUUUGCCUGCAAGUAACAGCAAACUUGACUGCCCAUAGCUCACACAACAGCAAAACCAAAUUGUUUUCAUGAAACAAGUUUUCAGGUGGGCGUGCCAUUGGGGACCCAUAGUUCUUUUCUACUUUGGUUAAUGUGCUGGCUUUGGGGCUCGUGCAGAUUGUUCCACGAUUGCACUUCUACACAUUAAUGUCUGGAUUCCGGGAGGAAGUGGGUGAAGAAGCAAAGACCUGUCUGCUGGGUCAGUCUCUUCUUACUAAGAAAGCAAAACUUUCCUGGAAGCCCCACUUCGUCUUCUGCUGUGACUCCAGGACAGCACCCUGUCCCCUGCCCACUCACCCAUCCCAGUCCAUCCUUACCUGCGGACUUGAGAUGAGAUCAUCUUGGGUUAUUUGGAUAGGCCUCAGAUGCCAUCCCAAAUCUCCUGAUAACAGAGAGGCAGAGGGAAAUCACAGGCACGCAGGAGACAAGGUGAUGGGAAAACAGAGACAGGGAUUGGAGUGAUGGGGACAGAUACCAAGGAAUGUCUGAAGCCACCAGAAGUUGGAAGAGGUGAGGAACGGAUUCUCUCCCGAGCCUCCCGGCGUAGUGCAGCCCCGCCAGCUCCUCGAGUUCAGACUUCUGGCCUCCAGACUGCAAGAGUAAACGUCUGUUGUUUUAAGCCAGCAAGUUUGUGGUCGUAUGUUCCAGCAGAUAAAGGAAACGAAUAUGCUCUCCCUCCUUCCUGUGAAGUGACGUCGUCUUCCUUUCUCUCAACAACCUCCUUACCAAAGUUAGCAGCACGCUCACUCGGCAGGAAUGAA